AUGAUGCGAUGUAUAGGUAAAUACAAGUACCUCCGAUGUAUCGUUGAUAGCUCUGUCGCUUCUAGAAAAUAUACAACUGCUAGGCCCGAUAUCAGGCUUAUGGAGGAGCUAGACUCCUCCAUACCCACCAUGGAGAAAAUCCUCACCAUUCUUCGUGACGCUGAAGAACAUAAUGAUAAAACACUGCUGUUUUCCGAGACGAAUACCAACAGCAUUGUUGAUGAAGAAACUUCACUUUGUCGUUUUCAUACAGCUCUAGGAGCCAAACUUUUAAAUUAUCAGAUUCAUCGUCUACUUAAUGACUUGGACAUCGUUGGCAAAUACAACGGUUUUGAGAAUAUAAAACCAGACACUUGCGAACAUAUUUUCAAGCAUUAUACUAGUGCCUUGCGUGAAAGCUACCUCCGGAAGCAAAACUCGGUCCCAUUUGCCUCUCUAGGGGAAGGUUUUUUUCUCAAUCCUGUUCAGCUCAACAACAAGAUAAGACCUCAAUUGAAUGAUAUAGCGUCACAAAUUCUAAUGGGCUACAACGAUACCAAACUUCCCUCGAAGUUCUCUAGCAACUUUCCAGUCAUAAAAUUGCCAAAUCCAUUCCGGGGAAAGGUCAAACAUCCCUUGAUCUUACAGAAGGGACUCAACGCCAAGGGGAAGCCGUUGAAUAUACUUCCUUUUCUUCUAGAUGAUGAGCAUAUUCUUGAGGACUUCUUGAACAAGCUUCGUAGCUCUAUUCUGCCGAAGUUAAUUGUGAACUUGAUGAAAGCCCAGGAAGUGGAAGGGAGAGCUGCUUUUGAACUAUUAAUUACUAAACAUUUGGGAGAAUUUGAAUUAUGCAAAGGACCCCUAGAAGCGGUGAAUGACUUUAAUUUGAAAGAUGACGAGGAACUUGAAAGUCAUUUAGCUGUCUUGAAGGCGAUAGUGGCGCAUAAGAGCAAUAUACUUACACGUCUAGAUUCGCUUCGAAUAUACAGAUCAAGUAUUUCCAAAGUCGACUUUUCAAGCCUAAAAUCCUCAGAAGUCAUGAAACUUUUGGGAAGAUCGUUUGAUAGGUAUUUCAGUGCCUGUUACAGAGCUGAUGCAAAGCAAUGCGAUUUUUGGGUGAAAGACCUUGUUCAGUUUUAUCGACACAACUGGAGUAGUGAAGAUUUCUUCGAAGAUAUGUUUGCUGAAUCAAUCAACAAUCUUAGGGAAAGACUCACGAGUGCAACAUUGCAAAGGCUUCAGGAAACGUGGACGCCAAUGCUGAAUUAUAUGACUGAAGAUCAAAGGAUAAACUCUAGGAUCAAAUCAUAG